AUGUAUCCCUUAGACCAUUUUAUAUGUGAUCAUCGCUCGACCGGUCUGUUGCAGGUGCAAGCUAAAGCUUUGCUGACGAUGAUGACUGCCUAUGGAAGGAAUUCGGUGUUUCCGCUGGACACUAUAUGGCGUGUGCUUGCUUUUGAUGAUCGCGAGGAUGCGCUGAAAUCACUCACAGUGUACGGAGUUCAACAGAACGACAUGGAUUAUGAUCAAGUUGUACUAAAUCGAGAUCACUUCCUCCAAGACGCAUCGCCAGAUAUGAAGCCAUAUCGAUGGAUUGAUGCCAAAAACACGGCACAGUGGAGUCAGGUGGCAAAUGGUCCAGCGCCGUUCUCAUUUUCGCCCAUCUUUGUCUUACCGGAAUCAUUCGAUCACAGCGAUGUUUACAAUAGAGAUGAAGUACUUUCCAGUAUAUUCGAGAAGUACUCACUGCAGUCUGAGGCAAACAAAAUGAUGCUUAUGCAGUCACAUCCUGGGCCUGACUCUGAGAGUCUGAAGGGAGAAACGCAGUUCUGGGUUAGCUUUUACGUAUCUCAAGUUUAUGUUGUAUAGAU